UCGCGGCUCCGAGUCUCCCGCGAGCAAGAAGAGCUCGACCUCCGUAGCAUCGGCUUCCACUGGGGCAACCAGAGCGUAUACGACCGCUCCUUCUGCCUACACGCAGUCCCCCGCGUAUGCAACUGCCUCGCCCGCCCACGCCUCUGCGUCGCCAGCAUUCGCGACCUCCUCGCCCGCCUAUGGCGCAACACCUGCGUAUUCAGCGCAGGGCCCGCUGCCGCCCGGAUCGAUGCAAGGCGGACCGGUCCUCCCAGCUAUUUCGGAGCUCCAUCGCCAUCCGGAUCCAGCGCAACACGCGCAGUUCCGCCCCCUCUACUCCGGACCGCCUGUUCCUCCUCCUAUUCCCCAGGGACCGCCUGGCCCGAAUGGAUCUCCCCCCUCGCAGAUUGCCAAUGUCAAAAGAGCCGCUUCGCAGACGCCGAUGCCUGACGAGAGCCCUGCCAAGAAGCAGUCAAAAUGGACUCCGGAAGAGGACAACCUCACCAUUGAACUCCGAGGUCAAGGCAUGAAGUGGGACGAUAUCGCGAAGCGACUACCCGGACGGAGCUCCAUUUCGUGUCGUCUGCGCUAUCAAAACUACUUGGAGAAGAGGGCUGUGUGGGACGAAGAGAAAAAGAACAAGCUCGCAAGGCUUUACGCUCGAUUCAAGGACCAAAUGUGGCAGAAAGUGGCUACGGAGAUGGGCAUACCAUGGCGUUCGGCUGAGUCGAUGCACUGGCAACUUGGGGAACAAGAAAUGAGCGCUCGCGCAAACGCUCCCGUCUUCCAACUCCAUCCCUCCGCGACUGGGCUCAGCUCACCACCGUCAGUGCCUGCGGUGCCUGCGCCAGCACCGCAUGGAUUUACGCCUACCAAUGCGCCUCAACUGGUUCCGCAUCCACCGCCUCCUCCGCCCGCUCUUCCACAGCAGCACCAACCAGGACCGCCUCCCCCUCCAGGCCCAAUUCAUUCGUAUCACCAGCGCUCGGAGAGUGCCACGAGCCAGGGCCGCCGGAGGAAUAGCUCGUUCAGUCGGCGCCGAAUAGCAAGCUCAAGAUCCAGUGUACCACCGCAGCUCGGCCCAACGCUUCCGCAGAUACAGCCCCAAUCCGAGGCGGAUCUUAUCAGCGGAGCAAGGACGGCGCCCGCCCCCGAAACCCAUUCUGGUGUCAAGAGGUUGGGCGAGGGGGACGCAGGAGGAUUGGGCGAGCCGUUCAUGAAGAGGAGACGGGAGGAAGAAGGUGGCGGAGCUUUGCGGCCUGGAGUGGAGACGAGAAGCGAGGGAGGAAGGAGCCCCGAUCGGGCGUCGCAGCGCAGUGGAACUGGAAGUGUCAAGAGUGCAAAGAGAGGAGAUCCAGACGAGCCAGAGCAACCCGCCAACGAGCCUCCUCCCUCUGCCACCUGAGCGAGCGAUCGCGC